GCCGAGCGUUCUAUUCCCGGGCUCGAGGCCCGGAGCAUUUAAGUCAGGGGGGCGGAGGGGGAGGAGCCCUCUUUCUUUCUAGGGACUUUUCCGCGCGUGGAGCUUUUGGGAAUCCAGACCUGAAGGACAAACAGCCAUGGCUGACUUCACCAAUGCUGACGGUGAUCGCAUCGGUCCGGAGAUCUGGGCCUCUCACAAUAAGAUGGUGAUGGAACCGCUGGAUGCCAACGACCCAGAGGUGUACGACAUCAUCCGGAAGGAGAAGCAGCGGCAGCGGCUUGGGCUGGAGCUGAUCGCGUCUGAGAACUUUGCCAGUCGAGCUGUCCUGGAAGCUUUGGGCUCCUGCUUGAACAACAAGUAUUCGGAAGGCUACCCGGGACAAAGAUACUACGGCGGGACAGAGUUUGUGGACGAGUUGGAGAGGCUGUGCCAGAAGAGAGCUCUGGAGGCUUACCGGUUGGACCCACAGAAAUGGGGCGUCAACGUCCAACCCUACUCAGGGUCUCCGGCAAACUUUGCCGUCUACACCGCCCUGGUGGAACCCCACGGCCGAAUCAUGGGGCUGGAUUUGCCUGAUGGGGGUCACCUGACGCACGGCUUCAUGACGGACAAGAAGAAGAUCUCGGCGACCUCCAUCUUCUUCGAAUCCAUGCCAUACAAGGUCAACCCAGAAACGGGCUACAUUGACUACAACCGGCUAGAGGAGAAUGCUCGCCUGUUCCAUCCCAAACUGAUCAUUGCAGGGGUCAGCUGCUACUCACGUAACCUGGACUACGGCCGCCUGAGGAAGAUCGCCGACGAGAAUAGCGCCUACCUGAUGGCUGACAUGGCCCACAUCAGUGGCUUGGUGGCGGCCGGAGUGGUGCCAUCGCCCUUCGAGCACUGCGACGUAGUUUCUACCACGACCCACAAAACAUUACGUGGGUGCCGGGCGGGCAUGAUCUUCUACAGGAAAGGCGCUCGCAGUGUGGACCCAAAAACUGGGAAGGAAAUCCCAUACAACCUCGAAAGCCUCAUCAAUCAAGCCGUUUUCCCAGGGCUGCAGGGCGGGCCUCACAACCACGCCAUUGCAGGCAUUGCCGUAGCCCUGAAGCAAGCCAUGACUCCGGAAUUCAAAGCCUACCAGAGACAGGUGGUCGCCAACUGCAAAGCCCUGGCGAAGGCACUCAUAAGCUUAGGGUACCACAUCGUCACUGGGGGAUCCGACAACCAUCUGAUCCUGGUGGACCUGCGGAACCGAGGAACAGACGGCGGGCGAGCAGAACGGGUUCUCGAACUGUGCUCGGUCGCGUGCAACAAGAACACCUGCCCAGGGGACAAGAGCGCCUUGCGGCCCAGUGGUCUGAGGUUAGGGACCCCGGCUCUUACCUCCAGGGGUUUCUUGGAGAAGGACUUCCAAAAAGUUGCUCACUUCAUCCAUAAAGGUAUCGAGCUCACCUUGCGGGUCCAGAACGACAUGAGCCCCAAAGCGACGUUGCGGGAGUUUAAGGAGAAGCUGGUGUCUGACGAGAAGUACCAGGAGGCCCUGAAGUCCCUCCGGGAAGAGGUGGAGGCUUUUGCGGAGUCGUUCCCCAUCCCUGGGCUGCCCGUUCUGUAAAACGCUGGGACGGCAGCGUUUCUUCUCGGCCGUUGCCCCAGAGCGUUGGAGGAAGUCAGAGCCCCGCACCUACAGCUGUCCUCUCCCUCCGACUUGUCCACCUUCCGUUUCACUGUCCCUAAACUCAAGGGCAGUUUUUAAAAAUUGGAUUUUUAAUAAACUUCCUCCCCUUUGUAACGUGCCACAAAAGGCCCAAAUGCCCAGAAAGAAUGUGUCAACUCUCCAAAGAAGUAUUAAACCCUCUUGGGUUUUGUUUUGUUUGUUUUUUUUUUAAAAAAAAAUAGGAAAUCCCCGUUUUAUCAGAACACACGACCCUGUUUGUAUAGUCAGGACAACUUUUACUAAGCACAAUAAAAUUAAAAACUGAACCACAGUAUACGCCGAGAAUUAUAUCAGCUUUAAAAAAUACAACCAGGUUUUUUUUUCCAAUGUUGUUUCAAAAAUAUUAGCCUGAAUAAAUAUCUCCCCCCCUCCCUUUUUAAAUGUA